AUGAAGCCGCUCUUCGUCACAGUGAUUGCAGGGAUCAACUACCUCCUUCACCCCGAGAUUUUGGGGUUGAUUCAAGAGGACAUUAACCCAGAUGCUGUCCUCCCCGUCACGCUCAUCAGCACCGAGGAGCUCAGCAGCCCUGACCUGGACACGUUCCUCAAGGGCCUCGAGCUCUACGACGACGUCUACUCGAGCGAGUUCGCCUUUGCGUUGGUAGAGAAGCCCGGUCGCACCAAUGAUGCGAGCCGCAGCAGCAUGGGCACCAGUCGAGUUCCUGGCAAGCAGACCUACACAGUGCAGGUCGUCGCGAGCCGCCCCGACGCGGAUGCCCAGACGGUCGCUCCCUUGUCCGACUUGCCCACGGGGCCGUACAUUCUGCACGGCAAGGAGCUUCACCAGGCGUACAGGAUCUACGAGGAUGAGCUGGGUGCCUUUUCCGCCGGCAUCGUAUCCGAGAAGCAUAAUACAUUUCUCCAUCUCGGCGACGCCCUCACCAACGGAACACUCCGGCCUGUUGCUGUGCCUUCGCGGCUGUACUUUGCCGGGCCCUCCGUCCGGAAGCCGCUCUCUGGGCUGCGCUACGCCGUGCCGGAGGACUUCGACGUACGCGGCGUGCCCACCACCCUGUCCAGUCAGAACUGGACGGCGCUGCACCCCAACGGCGCCGCCGCACACGCAGAGUACGUGAGGAUCCUGCUGGACCAAGGCGCCGUUAUUGUGGGCAAGACAAAGGACGGGCAGUUUGCCGAGGGUUCCUCGUGGGUGGACGCGACGGCGCCGGUCAAUCCCCGCGGCGACGGCAGGCAGCCUGGCGGGGGCGCGGCGGCCGGCGCGGACUCUGCACUCAGCGAGUACACCUGGUUGGAGAACUCCAUCAGUCAAGGAGCUCUGGACGGGCCUAUUCCCCAGGCUGCUGCGUAUGGCCUGUUCACGCUGCGAGUGACUGCUGGAACCGCCUCCCAAAGAGGAGUCCUCACGAGCUCUCCGAAAUUUCAAUCUACUGGGCUUUCCGCCCGCAGCCUCGAGGACCUCGUGCACCUGGCCGCCCCGUCCUUUACGCUCCCAUGGAAAGCCACCACCCCGCCGAGACGCCUCGUUUACCCCACCGACUUUGCCUCUCUGCUGUCCGAGAAGCAAAGGUCGUUGAUGGACGAGUUUGUCGCGGCGUGGGAGACGGCCCUCGGCGUCAAAGCGGUCCGGUUGAGCCUGGCCGAGACUUGGACCAGGAACCCGCCACAGGACGCCGGGAAGCAGACCUUGGACGAUUAUCUAGGCACCGCCGCGUAUGAUGCUUUUUGCUACGACUUUUACCACAACUAUGACGACUUCCGAGCGACAUUCAAAGCCAAGUUUGGCGCGGCGCCGUAUGCAGAGCCAAAUGUGGCCGAGCAAUGGUGCGUUCUUCCCAUGGUUCACAAUCAAAGUAAAACUUGGCUAAAAUGCAGAUAUAGGUCCAAUGGUGCCAAGGUAGACGGCAAGGCCGCCACCAAGAAAUUCGAGGUUUUCAAGGCGUGGUUUGGCAAGAAUGUGGCACCCACCACAGCCGACGCCGCCAACAAGGCCGCCGUCAUCGUCCCGAGUCUGCAUCCGACCAUUCUCGCACCUAUUCUCGGCGCCCCGCAGAUGUCGGCGCCAUUUGCCCAAAUUGCUGUAGAGGGCAACAAUACUGCCUACGUGCCCUUUUCUGCUGGUGUUUUCGGUGCCAAGGGCGACGACGUCAUGCUCGUGCAGACGAUGAAGCGCGCGUUCGACAUGGCCGCGUGGCGCGUCCGCGUGGACGCGGGACGCUUGACGUUUCCGGUGGGAAACAACACAAGGGGCGUAGACGAUCAUCGUCGCGAUCCGUAUCCUCCCCCCGUUCCAGGCGGAAUUUCGGUGGCGAAACCUGGGGGUUCUGAGCUGUAG